AGUCGGUGUUAAACUCUUGAACGUAUAGUACAAUGAAGUUUCUUCUCAUCCUUGGAACACUAAUUUUUAAUUUUGUGCCGAACGAUGCCCGCAUAUCGGAAGCAUUGAAAGUGACCCUUUCACAUGGAGGAGAAUUAAUUGGGAAAUACCUCAGUUCACAUUCAGGCAAUGGAAUACGGGCUUUCAUGGGAAUUCCAUACGCUGAACCUCCAAUAAGGUCAUUGAGAUUCAAUAAUCCUGUACCCAAAGCACCGUGGGUGGGUGCUCUUGAAGUAAAUCGUGAACCAUUGGGAUGCCUUUCUUAUGACUAUCUUUUUGAUGGCAAUGUAUCUGUUGGAAGUGAAGAUUGUUUGUAUUUAAAUGUUUAUGUACCACUGAGGCCAUUGAAGAAAGGUCCGCUACCGGUAAUGGUGUUUUUCCAUGGUGGAGGAUUUCAAUCUGGAAAUGGAGGAAAAACUCUCUAUGGUCCAGAUUACCUACUCGAUCAUGAUGUAAUUUUAGUUACUGGAAACUAUCGUCUUGGAGUUUUUGGAUUUUUCAGUACAAAUACACCAGAUUGUCCGGGAAACUUUGGUCUUAAGGAUCAAGUGGAAAUUCUCAAAUGGGUCCAAAAUAACAUUGAAACUUUUGGUGGUGAUAAGAACUCUGUAACUAUUUUUGGAGAAAGUGCAGGGGGUGCUAGUGUAACAUUCCACACUAUAUCUCCACUCUCCCAGGGAUUGUUUCAUAGAGUAAUUUCACAGAGUGGAACUCAUUUCACUCCAUGGGCUCUACAAAGUGGUAAAAUUGCCGCGAAACGCGCAAGAAAAUUGGCCAGUGUUAUCAAAUGUCCAGAUGAAGAGGAAAAUGUGAAAGAAAUGAUUGAAUGCCUUCGUUGUAUAUCGGCAAAAGAAAUUAAUUCUCAUUUUUAUGAUUUCUUUGAAUGGAACAUAUUUCCAAUUAUAUACUGGGGUCCUAUAGUUGAACCCCCAAAUCAAUACAGAUUUCUCGAUGACGACCCAUGGAAUGUUACCCGAGGAAAUGAUAUUCCAGUCAUUAUAGGAUUAACCACAAAUGAAGGAGUUAUGAUUAGCGUUUCACUUUUAAAAAGUCAAAAAUCUAUAGAAGACAUCCAAAGUCAAUCGAAUCGUCUGAUUCCUUAUAUCCUUUCCAUGCAAGACUACUCCACAGCUACCAAAAAUAAUAUAACAACUUUGAUAAAUGAAUUCUACUUUAAUAACAAUGAAGUAGACAUGAGAGAUUCAGAAAUGUUUAAUAGAUUUACAGAUGUACUAUCAGAUGGAUUUUUCUUAACGGGUGUUGAGAAUUUUCUACAACAGCGUUUGCAGGAGAGUCUAUCUUCAAACACAUAUCUCUAUUUAUUCAAUCAUAAGGGUGAAAGUAGUUUCUCAGAACUAUUCCUGAAUGAUCAUGAAUCUGAACAUGGUGUCUCCCAUAUGGAUGACUUGAUCUACCUGUUUCCGGUCAUGAAAGAAAAUUUCUUCAAAGGUGUUCCAACAGAGAUUGACGACAAUAUAAGACAAAGCAUAGUAACGCUAUGGGUUAACUUUGCAGAAUUUGGAAAUCCUACACCUUUUCAAGACAAAAAUCCGCAACCCCUCUGGAAUGCAGCAGGAUCAUUCCCAUAUGAUUACUUGAGAAUUGGUAAUUAUAACUCAACAAAUAAGCCAAUACUCGCAAUGGAACAUGGACUGUAUGAGGAAAGAGCGAAGCUUUGGAAGAAAAUCACCUCAAUUAUGAAUGCAUCAGAGAUAGAGACAAACUAGCUUUUUCAAAUAUCGUCAAUAUUUCAAGGAUUAAUGUAAAUAUUAUCGGAAAGAUUUCAACUUUCCUUGAAAAUGAGCAACCAAAAUAAAAUAUCUGCUAAUUAUUCAUGCA